CAUGUAUGGCAGGCCCUUGAAUUAGCUUGCUAGCUAGCUUGAGUGGCUAGCUGGAGUUGGAUGAAUGAGAGACACGAAUGCUGUGUUUUGUUACUACUGCCUGCUUGUUAGUCAUGCCAGACAGUAUGUGCGUUUAUACAAUAAUCAUUUAAUCCGAUUUUGUCUGAGUGAUUGAUUAGUUGCGGAUAAUUGCAAGCUACCUAGCUAACGUCUAGCCUACUUACUGCAUGGAAUGGGCUGAAUGUUGCAACUACAAAGGUGUCUGAGGUUUGCGCCAGCAUGUCUGUGUCUGUGAUCAUUAAAUGGGGUGGACAGGAGUACUCCAUCAGUACACUCUCUGAAGAGGACACUGUGCUGGACCUCAAGCAGUCUAUCAAGUCCCUGACUGGGGUUCUUCCAGAGAGACAGAAACUCCUAGGAUUAAAAGUCAAAGGUAAACCAGCAGAGGAUGACAUGAAGCUGGGCUCACUGAAGCUCAAACCCAAGACCAAGAUCAUGAUGAUGGGCAGCAGGGAGGAGAGUCUGGAAGACGUUUUAGCACCUCCCCCAGAGAAUGAUGACGUUGUCAAUGACUUUGACAUUGAAGAAGAGGUGAUUGAAGUAGAGAACAGAGAGGAGAACUUGGCCAAGAUAGCCCGCCGUGUCAAAGACUACAAAGUGGAGGAGAUGAACCCACCCAGGGAAGGAAAGAGGCUGCUAGUACUAGAUGUGGACUACACAUUGUUUGAUCACAAGUCAUGUGCAGAGACAGGUCAAGAGCUCAUGAGGCCUUUUCUCCAUGAGUUCUUGACCUCUGCGUUCGAAGACUAUGACAUUGUAAUUUGGUCUGCCACGAGUAUGAAGUGGAUUGAUGCUAAAAUGAAAGAGCUAGGAGUGACAGACAACCCUAACUAUAAGAUCACCUUCAUGCUGGACAGUGCAGCCAUGAUCACAGUGCACACACCUAAGAGGGGUGUAGUGGAGGUGAAGCCUCUCGGGGUGAUAUGGGGCAAGUACAGUGAGUUCUACAGCAAGAGGAACACCAUCAUGUUCGACGACAUUGGCAGAAAUUUCCUCAUGAACCCACAGAACGGACUCAAGAUUCGUCCAUUCAUGAAAGCACACUUAAACCGUGAGAAAGACAAAGAGCUCUUCAAACUGUCUCAGUAUCUUAAAGAGAUUGCCAAACUGGAGGACUUCUCUUUUCUCAACCACAAGCAUUGGGAGAGGUAUCUGUCAAAGAAACAGAGCCAGUGAGAGCAUUGCUGUGGAUAUGUGAAGGGAUGGUCAUUCCU